UUGUCAGAAACGCUAAUUUCGUUAACGUAAAUUAGUGAGAGGUUAUUUUAGUCCACAUGGUUCAUAGUUUUGAUUGACAGAAGUUAGGAACAUUUAACAUUACAUAUCCUUAUUUGAAAUGUGUACUAAUUCAGUAACUUUUCUCAUUGAUUCGACUAUUUGAGCAGAGAGUGGUUAUCGAUGGAAGACCUGAUGAAUCUACCCGGUGGGCAAAACACCGCACUGGUCAUUUUGGACUUCCUUCAAGCGGACUGUAGAAACGCAGAUUACGACAAGGAGCUUCAUUCCUUGGGCCGUGACCUAAAUAUCACCCGGGAAGUGCCGUGCAGCGACCCCAGAAUACAGGAUGUGGACGACGGAGACCUUGAAACUGAUGGUCACCUGCCCAGCUGCAUUGCGGUCUCUCUAGAUGAUAUUCGGCCUGCAGUUGAGCUGCUGUGGCCUAGAAACCAUGAAGGAGCAGUCAUUCAGCAGGUUGCAGAAGAACUAAGAGAAAUUGCAGCCCAGCUCGAACUCAGUGUUGUGGCGCAGGCUACCCAGAACCUGUCAAGGAACAUAACAACCACCUCCUUGGAACAAUGGAAAAACCACCUCACCUGGGAGGUGCAGAGGGUGAUGAGGCAGGGUGUGGGUCUGGCCCAUUUACCCCAGGAGCGAGUCAUGGUGGCCCUUACUCUCACUCUGGUGAAGGGAGUGUGCGAACACGCACCACGACUGCUCAGAAACCUCUUCUGCGUAGCAUUGCAUUACAUUUGCUCUUUAACACUUGGGUGACUUGUUUGCUGCAGGUUGAGGGGAAAUAAGAGAAGGGUGUGCUGGAAGACAGCUGAAUCUGAAACAGGCAUCUGUUCCUCGUGACCACUCGACUGUGACAGGAGCGGUGUUGACUUAAUAAUAAGUCAAACUAAAUUAAAGUUAUAAGUUUACAGUCACAUUUUGAAAUUGGGAAAUUUAAGGUUGAGUUCCUGACACUUGAAAUUUUUCAUUUAUGUUCUGAAUUGUACUGCUUCUAUUUACUCUUGCUUCAAAGUGUAUCUCCUCCUUAUUUUAUACUUGAAAUACCUUAAUUUUGUUGUUGUAUACAGUUAUUUUGCAUUUGGCUUAUAUAGUACGUGUACAGGCAUUGUGUUAAAUAAAGUGUUUUCACAGGA